UAGUUUUACAAGAGGUCAGUCGAUGGAGAUCUAACAGACAUUUAUUAGGUAUUACAAAUAUCCAUUUUUUAUCCAAAUCCCCCAGAGCAUCCCAGUCAGAGUGAGAGAGAAAUGUUAAGCAGUCUAUAAGUAACGCGAGAGAGACAAAAUUAAUCGGAGUUCAAACCCGAAGAGGUUUCCAGAGUCGUAAACACACUCAACCCCAAAGAAGAAUGGCCUCAAUGACCUUUGGUCAGAAGUCAUUUACUCCCACACCGCCACAGAAAGGCAGCUUUCCUCUCGACCAUGAGGGAGAGUGCAAGAAAUUUAUGAUUAAGUACAUGUUAUGUUUACGUGAGAACCAAAACCAGAAUGAGAAGUGCAGAGAGGCAUCCCGUGACUACUUGGGUUGCCGCAUGGAGAAAGGUCUAAUGGCCAAGGAAGAGUGGAGUAAGCUUGGAUUUUCUGAUCUAGCCGGCAGCAAAGUAGAGUCAUCGUGAA